GAAUUCGAUAGCGCAGAAUUCGGAGCGGCAGGUUGCGUUGGCAGCUGCACGCGCGCUACCCCCCGGAAACCCCCUAUUAUUUCCCACACUCCCAAGCAUUCCGUUUGAAUGUCGACUGCCACCACCCUUGGCCCUGCCCUGCACGCCGCCCUCUCCCCGUCCGUUCCCGCCGCGAGUCCACCCUGGCGAUGGGGGCGGAGACGCGCGAGGGAAGAUGCCGCUUGGCUGGCGGCCUCGCAGAAACCCCAACGGGGAAAGGAUGAGCCAGCCCCUCACCCACCUGAGCAGAAGAGCGGGCGACCACUCAGAGACGCGUCGCCAGCGCGGGAGCACACUGCCGGAAGCCCCAUCCGCACGCGCGGAAGAAAAGCCCGCUAUCUCCCGGCCGCCUCCAUAUUGUGCACCCCUGCGGCCCAUUACGAAGACGACGGCGCAUCCGGGGAGGCGCUCUGCGCAGCAUCGGGCCUGAACGACACGCCAGAAUCUCAGUACCACGCCCCAGCAUCCCAGAACCCCAGAACCACUCCCUCCCUAGGCUGUGCAGCAAGCAACCGGGCAAUCCCACCACUGGUGACGAGCGAACAUGGGCACCACCCCAAAUGA